GAUGUUUAAAAGAAGGGCAAAGAAUUGAUGAUUCAAAUGCGUUUAGAGGGAUUUUCACUAUGUAUCCAUGAUGAUGAUAUGUUGCGUCAUUUAUUUGAUAUCAUUGGUCGAAUAAAAAAUAAGGAGAAAUUGGAUUAUCUAGACAACUUAUAUGAAACAAUAAACAAACCAUUUUGAUGUGUUUUAAGUUGACAGUAAUGAAUAGCCAGACCAUUUCGCUCGAUUACACUUCAAGGCUUUUGUUCUGACCUGAAAAAAAACUUUUCUUUUCUUUAUGUUAUGCCCAAAGAAGUUUAUCGGCCAAACAUUCAAAGUUUCUUCUUCUAUAAGAAACAAAGCAUUUUUCGAGACACACUCGGCUGAUAAGUGGACCUUUGAAGAUUUUUUGACUUGGAAAGACUUCUCUUCGUUAAAAAAAAUUAAUGCAAGAUUGGCUGAAUACAAGGACAGCUUAGAAUCACUGCGAAAAAAACAACCAAUGGAUGCUAGCUUAAAAUCAUACGUUCAAGCCCUGAUGAACAAGAAAUACCAAAAUGAAGAUUUGGGGGCCUUAGUAAAUCGACAGAAACCAACAAUUAGCAUCUCGAACUCUACUAUCAUCAGUUCAAACAUCUGCACUGGAGACAUAUCACUCAAUGACAAGAAGGGAAAAAGAAAAGCUGUACAUGAUGCAGAUGAUUUGUACAACCUGGAUAAUGAAAUACAAGAAACAUAUAUUGUAGAUGAUGUCGAUAUACUAAAUCAAUGGAAAAACUACAAGAUUGAUUCAUUUAAGCAUAUCCAUAAUGACAAGAUUCAAUUUGAAAGUGAUAUUCAAAAAAUAUUAUCGCAAGCUCACAUCUUACUAUUGAAAGAAAACCAAUACUCUCCUGACUUGGUGAGAUUCAUAAGCAAAGAGGCUCUUGGUCGAAUCCAACAAGAACUUGCACAAAAAAUCAAUAUGAGUCCUGGCAGCUUGCCUAUCGAGGUUGAGCUUGAAAUGCGAGCUGUGCUAAAGGAGGCAUCAAACAAGACAAUUAGCCCAAGAAAAGCAGGCUACAUGAUCAUGUCUAGUUGUUCAGAUCAAAUGGAUACAGGUGUUGAUGAUGCGAUAUGUGUUUUCCGCAACUUAAUUGAGAGACUUCCUCAUCAGAAAUUAAGCUGUGUGACAAAAGAAAGCCAAUUAUCUUCUACAUACUCUGACGCUAUUCUGCGACCAUUCUUAGACGAUCCAUCAAAUGAUGCUCUUUUAAUUUGGUCAAACAAUAUACUGCAAAAAGGACAUUCAGAAAGGCCAGACUUUGUUCGAAGGAACCUUAUCAACACCGUAUAUAAAGACCUUUCGUGUAUUGGCGAAGUAAAAGGAGAAGAUAAGAUGGACGACAAAUUUAUGGCAGCAAUAGAUCUUAUCCGAUUGGCAAUGAUGAGCAAAGAGGCUAUUGACAAGUAUAAUAAUAAAGGCAUCAUGAAUGUACAGAUAGUUGGAUUCCAAAUGACUUUUUAUGUUACGUCUCUAUUUAAAGAAGGUAUGUACGUUAUGUCCGAGAUUUGCUCAAUCAGAAUGCCUAGCUCGUUAAAAGACAUGAGAUCUUUUAUCAUAACAGUUGAAGAUCUUGUGCCCAUGAGAAGCCUAUUGAAAGAAUGUCAAAAGAAAGAAGAAGAAGAGUCUGUUUGUCGAAAGAAGAAAGAAGGUUUAACGUACGAAACACUGAAGCAUUUGAUAAAGAGAGCUGACAAAGACAGAAAAAGACUCUGUCCAUAUACCUUUAAUAAAUAAUUUUUUUUUGUAUAGCACAUGAGACACAGUCUACAAAUAUAAUCUAAAUAUACAGUGUGCGUUGUUCAAGAUAUUUCGGUAGCAGACUGCUAUUGUAUAUCAA